CGCUGCCAACUGUACCCGAAAUGUUUCGAAGAUUGACAGCUGCAGGCCUUCGUGCGUCAAAGUGUGGAAAAGCAGACCAAGCAGACUGGCAUCGCGUCACAGCGUUCUCGUAUUGUAACAUUUUCUUAAAAACAAAAGAUAAAUUGGGUGCAUUGGCACGACCAAGGAUCAAAAUAGUAAAUAUCAAAAUAUGAAAUCUAGUUUGAACGAAAAAUGGAUUGUGUGCAGGGUUUGUUUAAAGCAACCCGAAGAAGUGAUGACGACUAUAUUUGAUAGGGAUGACGAAAAAGACAUGACGCAAAUGAUUUUGGAGUGUGGCGGAGUACCAAUUAAACGUUUUGAUCAUUAUCCGGAUAAAAUAUGUUGCAAAUGUAUAAAAUAUUUACGUGUGGCAUAUAAGUUUCGUGUUACUUGCCAGCGCUCACAUAAACACCUUAGUAGAUUUAUAGCACCAGCUGUAGUAGAUACUCCGGUUGAGGAAGAAGUAACGGAAUAUAUACCCAUUGAGGUGGAGGAAGUAGAAGCUUUGAAAGUUGAGCCUGAUCUUGCCAACAUUAAGCAGGAACUAUCGGAUCCGGAGGAAACUGAAGUUCUAGAUAUUUAUGAACCAAUUGAAGAAGAUGCGGAGGUUUUUGAAGAGUUCGACACAAUUGAUCGGUCAGGCUCAGCUCUUUCUGACGGUGCCGAGUACUUAGAAGAUAUUAAUUAUGAAUUCCAAUAUUCGGAUGAAGAUUAUGUACCAAUGAAAGAAGUUGCACCUAAGCGAGGUAGAGGACGACCGCCAAAGAAUUUGAAGAAAGGUGCUGUAGUAUCAUCCAAACAAACAGUAAAUCGAGAUAUAAUUAAGAAAGAGAAGACAUCGCCGGCAAAGCGAGGGCCCAAACCGAAAAAAGUCAAACCUACAUCAUAUAUUUGUGAUAUUUGUGGAAACAUCUAUCCGUCGCAAGGACGUCUUACUGAACAUAUAAAAUUACAUAAGGGUAUCAAACCGCAUGAGUGCGAGAUUUGUGGACACUGCUUCGCCCAGACACAGCAAUUAACGCGGCAUAUGAAUACUCACACCGGAAAUCGGCCAUAUAAAUGCAGUUAUUGUCCAGCAGCUUUUGCUGACCUUUCCACACGCAAUAAACAUCACCGGAUUCAUACGAAUGAAAGGCCAUAUGUGUGCGAUGUUUGUGGUAAAUCCUUCACAUACACAAACACUUUGAAAUUUCACAAGAUGAUACACACGGGAGAAAAGCCACAUGUAUGUGAUAUUUGUGGUAAAGGCUUUCAACAAGCUUACAAACUGCGAAAUCACAAAAUGACACAUGAGCGAAAAGGCGUUGGAGUGAAAAUAGAGCCGAUAGAAGUGGAAACAUUAGAAAGCUAUCAUGAAGUAGUAACUGCUACCACACAGAUCCUAGAAAUAUAAAAUACCAACCUUUAUUUUUAAUAAAUAUACUGGAUCUUUAUUAUGUUUAUGCAAUAAAUGGAAAGUUAUAUUUAAACUAAAUAAGCACCUAUAAAAUUCAACUCUUUCUUUACUUGUUUAGUAAAAUGCUGAAUGUAAAAACCAAUGUUAGACCUCAGACAUAUUUGUAAAAAUUUAUGUAGUAGGCAUUUAUGACUAUUUGAUUUAUUAUAAGCCCUUGAAUAAACAUUGAAAAUACUAAAAAUCAUGUAGCUAAUUUCUUCUUCAUUCUUAUAAAUGGAAAUUUAGAAAAAAUACUUCGUAAAAUAAUAAAAUAUAAUAAAGAAGUGUUAAGGUGAACCUGCUGGUACACUCGGGCUAUUGUAAUUGCUUAAAGCUAUACUUUUUUAAUGUGGAAGGAGGCGGAGGAGCAACAGUUGUUUCUAGAUUUCGCUGCUGAGGUGUUAAGAAUAACACUUGAUUUGUUUUGUUAAUUAGUUUUAUUUAGGGAAAUAAUAAAACAUAUAAAACUAUACGUACACACAUAUUAACUCUGCCAUAAACAUAUUAUUUAUUUUUAUCGACAUAUAAAUAUACAUAUUUAGAAAAUUCUUUUCAUAUAUAGUAAUAAACGUAAUUAUGUUUAAUAAAAUUGGUACUAAAUACAUACUCGGGUAUAUAGUUGAUUAAGAGCAUACAUACAUAUAUGUAUAUGUAGAUAUUUAUGGACAGGUAUAUGGAACUAUUAUGGGGCAUAGACUCUAGUCAGAAAACUGAUACCUCUCUUCUUCUUUAAAUCUUUUAAAAGUGUUUCUUAUAUUUGUUUUGUUUCUUAUAAAUAAAUACACUUUGUUGCUCAGAAAAAACAUAAAAAUGAAUAAUGAGUGUUACAUCAGUUAAUUAAAUUAAGGAAUAAUUUGUAAUUAUAAUCCAUGUAAUAAUAUUAAAAUAUACUAUGUAGUUCUUUGGAAGAGCAGCUUAAGUCGAGUUAAGUAAGAUAUUUGGUAUUGCAUGCAUAACGAUUUUUAUGCCAAAGUAGUGGUAGUAGCACCAGUUGUUGUUGUUGUAGCGGUAGAGCAUAUUUCUGCAGUAAUUUCGAGGAAUUCUACCGAUUUGACAGUUCUUUGCCGGAUAAAUAUCCGGGUCCGUUUCGGUUACUUAGUAGUUGUUGUUUUUGUUGUAGGGGUAGAGUUCUGCCGAGUUGAAAGUCCUUGACCGGAUAAAAAAUCCGGGUCCGUUUCGGUUUCGUAGACCCGACUAUCGUGGAACGGCAUGGCAAACUAGUCAAACACAUUGCCGAGGCAUACAUUUUAGAUUUUCUUACUAAAAUAAUUUUAAUAAAAUGUAUGUAAAUCAAACUGGCCUUAUUUUGUAAUAAACAAAUUUCAUGCGAACACAUUUAUCAUAUCAAUAUAAUAUAUUUUAGGAAAUAUACAGAAAUAUUAUAGUUUCAUAGUUUUUAUUUUUCAUUUAGUAAAUACAUAUAUACAAGUAUUUUUAUUUGUGUGCGUGUGAUUGUUUGCUUAUGGACUUUUAUAUAUUACUGCUAUCGAAAUUCUUAUACUUAUAUAUAUGUAAGUAUAUAUAAUACGUGUAUAUAAAGUAAUACAUUAGUUAAGUUUUCUUCAUCAAUCAAAUGGAAGUGUAUACGACACAUAUGUAUGUAUGUAUGUUUGCAUGCGAUAAGAUAAAAUUAACUACCAUUUUGCAUUGCAAUGCUAUAUAUUCGUAAAUGCGUACAAUUGGAACGAGUAUGUAUGUAUGUGUGGUGGCUACGGAAACAUACAUACAUCAAAGUUUAAUAUGUAUGUACAUAUAUAUAAUUCGUUAUAAUUAUUACAGUUAUUAAUAAUUAUACGUACAUAUGUGUUUGGUAAAUAAGUAAACGCUGGCUUAAACUUGUCUAAGAAAUUU